UUCAGGCUGUCCCCUCCCCUCUCCCUACACCUGCAGCUAGAACCGGGACUCUGCCUGGGACAAACUGGAACCUCCGUGGCAGCAGCUGGGCUGGGAGCGGGGGAAAGCUGACCCAAGGAAGAAAGACCAAGUAAAAGAGGAUUGGAGCACAGCUAGGAGCCAUCCUGUGUGGGGGGGGUAGGACACCAGCACUGAGCAGCAGGUUUUCCCAAACAGCUGAGUCGUCAACUCCUGGGGAAGAUGAGCAUUUCAUCGGAGCACAAGCCCCUUGGAAAGCAAGUCACCGGCAGCCUGCAUAUGGUGAGUAAGUUGUCACCAAUUGUGGAGUUAAAUGUUGGCGGGGAGAUGUACACGACAACACUGAGCACCUUGAAGAAACACCCUGGCUCCAAGCUGGCAGAGAUGUUCACUGGCCAGCCCAAACUCAGGACUGACUCUGAAGGGAGAUUCUUCAUCGACAGGCCAGGCACCUACUUCAAAUACAUCUUGGAGUACCUGCGCAGUAACCAAGUGCCCACCCAGUGCAUCCAGGACGUCUACAAGGAGGCGUUGUUCUAUGACAUAGAGCCUUUGAUCAAGCAGCUUGAGGACUCCCCACAGAUCUUUGGGGAGCUCGUGGCAAGGAGGCAGUUUCUGGCUCGUGUGCCCAACUACAGUGAGAACAUUGAGCUGAUGAUCCGCAUCGCGAGGGCGGAAGCGGUUGCAUCCCGACAGUCCAGCGUCAUCGUAUGCGUGGUCAGAACCGAGGAGGACUCAGCCAGGUGUCAGGAUGUCUUGAACAGUUUGGACAUGGAUAAAAAAUCCGUGGUGAAGUUUGGCCCCUGGAAGGCUGUGCCCAGUAUUUCUGAUCUGCUGGACUGCAUUCAAAUGGAUAUUGAAGCCAAAGGGUAUAAAAUAUCCUUUCAGCCCCACAUUGCUGAAAAAGGUUUUCGCUUCAAAUCACAUGACUUCUUCUACAAGUUCCUGUUCACCUGGUGGUAGCAAAGUGUCACCAUUGUUAGGGAACAUCAGAAAGCAAUCACUGGAACAAUUUAACCUGGACUGUGGAGAAUAAACCGUGAGCUACCAGAGGACAGGAAGAAGUGCACAGGCCAACAAAAGGAUCUCCUUUGGCUGUUUUCCAUAUCAAAGAGCCACUUUACUUGGGGUUUAGGGGAUAACUUUUUUGAGGUUUUAAAAGGCUCCAGAAAAAGGAGGAUUUUUACUCCUCAGUGUUGCUUACUAUUCAUCCAGUUCAAAGACAUGGAUCUGUAAAUUGAGCCAACCUCACUCAACCUAAGGCAAAUGAAUAAUCCCAAAUAUGUCUCGUGGACAUGUAGAGUUGCUCUCUCAGUGCAGGUGGGAACAGGCUGCACAUGUGGAAAUCCUGACUGAAACAAUGAUAUUACCACAUACUCAAAUUAAAUUUGGUUUCUAAAUGGGAAGGCAAAAGCUAUUCUUCUCCCACCUUUCUACACUAGAAUCUGGGUUAAAAGGAAGGAUUCAAUGUCCUAUGAUUGCUUCUUCUUUCUCCAGGAGACAGCCUACUCUCUAGUCAGUGUAUUUAUUACCAUUAUUUAUUAUUUGUUAUGAAGGAAAGACAGAGAACCUCAGGAUCAACAAAAGGCAAAAAUACCAUCACUGAUGUGAGGAGUUUAUAAUCUAAGGACACACACUCCUCUUUCAGACCACACAAUCUUAAUCUUUUUCUUAUGACACUCAUUAUUAUGAUGAUGCUAUUUCUAACUAUAUAAGCUCCUGGAAGAAUUGGGAAAACCUGCCAUGAUUUGGUGGGAAGGAAGUGAUACUGAAGCAACAGCCUGCAAAUUCUCUUUUACCGAACACAAGUUGCAUUCCACAAGGUGUUUUAAAAAAUCUUAGAGUUUGAAAGUUUAUUUUUAUACUGGAAAUGGCUUGGGUUUAAUCACUUUCAGAAUCAUAAUGGCUGAUUUGAUAAAGACCAUAUUUCCUUUACUUCUCUGAAGAUGGAUUUAUUCCAGUCAAGGACAGUAACCACAGAAUCAUAGAAUGGUCCCUGGGAUUUCAAAUAAAUACAUUUUAAAAAAUUUUUGAAUGAUGCAGAAGUGCUUCAUUUACUGGCAUUUUCCCCUCAAGAUCCCUGAAUUCUAAAGACCUGAAGUUUUGUCUUUAGGGUAACAGAUUUGAGCCAUUCCUAAUUAAGCAGUGUUUCAGAUGUGCUUAUCCUAGCAUGGACCUCCCCCCAGUGACAGUCGUGAGUCACUCCAACUGCCCUGCAGUUCUGCUGUAGGUGUGAAGGGACUCUGAGAUCUCUCACAUUCUUAGCCUCGGUAAGAAUGGACACAGUCAGUGUCUGAGGGGACAAAAGGGUUUAGGAAAUAGGCUCUUUUGAUCCUAACCAAGUGGUUGGUGCUGCUCAGCCUGGAAGAAGAGAGAUUGAGGAGGCCUCCCAGUAGACAAAAGGCUGCUUUAAAGAGAUCUGUUUCACUUUGUACAUACUCAGGGUGGGGAAACUGGCUUAAGUCGCAACAACAGAGAUGAAAAUUAGAUAUUAGGAGAGGAAAAAAAAAAAUCUCAGAAUAGAAUAGUUAAAGCCUCACACCAACCAACCUCUUAAACCUAUAGGACUGCUGCCAUGAGAAAUUUUAAUUGGCACACACUCGAAUCCUGGGCUCAGUUUGAGGCCCUUCACUCCAAGAAGGACACUGAGGGCCUGAAGUGUCCUGGGUGUAGUAUAUGAUGUAGAUAAUUCAUGCUUUGGAAAUUGUAUACAAAUUAUAAAGAUCCAACCAUGCAUCUGACCCCCAUGGCCAGAAGCAGGGCUUUUCAUUUCCAAAAGAUUUCCUGGACUUGCCCACAUAAAAUCAUGGCCAUUAACGAGUGAAUCAGUCUUUCCUGGGCAAUCAGCAGCCAUUUCUGAAGAAUGUCCAGAACAUUCACCGAACAACACCUGGGAGAGAUUACACUGAAAUAGCUUUGAUGUCUUGCCUACAGCUGAAAGGAAGACAAUUUUGAGGAGCCCAGACAGCCAUCCAAACCUAUGGACUGACUUUUGUCCGGGACUGCAUCUGGAUAGUUCCCGUUAUACAUAUGUAGGAACGUACAGAAAUCUUAGGUCAUUUCUGCUCCAGGCAGAAUAGACUGUAUAUACGCUGGAUUCCUGGAGCAGUUGGUGUGACACUCUGGGGAGACGCUGACACUACGUCAGCCUGACCCAAGUUCACCCAGCGUCAGAGUCUGGGGUUGACGCUGUCUUGGCUGUGGCUGUUUUAUAAUAUUCUAUUUUUUUGGUCGUCGAUCUAAUAAAUUUAUAAAUAUUUUUUUAUAAA